AUGUGCUGGGUAGCAUGGACGACGUUAACCAAACCGAAACACUCUGGAGGGCUCGGGUUUCGAGAUGUAGAGAGCUUCAAUGAUGCCCUCCUCGCUAAGAUUUGGUGGCGGCUGUUAAAGGAUCCAAUUUCUCUGCUAGCUCAGGUUAUGCUAGGCAAAUAUGCGCGCCACUCCACCUUUCUCGAAUGCACAAUGCCAUCUUCGGCCUCACACGGUUGGAGGAGUAUUAUGGAAGGAAGGAAGCUACUUAUGAAAGGACUUGGCUGGGUUGUGGGGAAUGGAGAGAAGAUAAGGGUCUGGAGCGAUCCUUGGCUCUCCUUGGAGGCACCUAAAGCGCCAAUCGGGCCCCCAACUGCAACAAACGAGUCUCCAUAUGUUUGA